CUCCCUCACCCUCCCUCCGAAAUGCACAGGAAUAAGAGAUCCCCUGAGCCUAAGGGCCGGGGAGCGGCGAAAGCCCGACAGCUUGGGUUGCUGGUAGACUUCUCACCUGAUGACAGUAUGAUGAUGGAUAUAAAUGGUGAUGAAAGUGAUGCUGAUUUUGAAGCUGAACUGGCGGAGAUUACUGGAGAAAAACCAGCUAGCAGAGGAAAACCUAAAGGAAAAGUCCCACUCCCCAUGGAAGAUAUUGAGAGAAUGGCUGCUCUGUGCAUGAAGGACCUUGAUGAAGAAGCCAAUGAUGAUGAUGAUGAUGGUGAUGUGGAUGAUGAUGCAGACUUGAUGGCUGAACUGAAUGAGGUGCUUGAGGAGGAUAGACAGAACAAGAAUGUGCCUUCCCCUGUAGAAAGUAAACUCACAUCGGACUCUAUUCCACAGUCCAAUAUGACGCCUGCAGUUACUGGCGGAUUAGAAGGCACUUUGGUGGAGCGGAUUGACAUGUACAGAUCUGCAAUCGACAAUGCCAAACAGUCUGGCGAGAGUUCCAAAGUUCGGAGAUAUGAACGUGGCCUUAAGACUUUGCAGUCCAUGCUUACAUCGCUGAAGAAGGGAAAGCAGAUUAAUGAAGAGGACAUCCCACCCCCAGUGGCUUCUGGCAAAAGUAGUAAUGCCUCAAAGACCCCACUUGCCUCUGGGACAUCAGCACCUUUAACAGAAGACCAAUCUGUCUUAAUUGACUUGGCUGUGCCCAGCGAACAUCCAGUGCCGGCAGCACAGCCUGCACCCCCUCCUUUACUACCCAAACCAAAGAUGUCUGUAUCUGAGGUUGCUCCACCUCCUUCAGUCAAAAGACCAAACCUGCCUGUGGAGGUGCCAGUGCCUGCCAAAGUGGAGGCAGCUCCCCCCGUGUCUGAUAACAGAGCAGUAUCAUUGAAUUCAAGCAUGAAAGAAACAGUAAUGGGCAGACAGCGAGAGUACAAACUGGCAGCACUUCAAGCCAAACGCAGCGGCGACACUGAGCUUGCAACAAAAUUAUACCGAAUAAGUAAGAAAUGUGAUCCUAUUCUUGAAGCACUGGGCAGAGGAGAGACUGUGGACCUGAAUGGCCUCCCACCCCCUUUCGAUCGUUUACCAAAGGAGCAACUGUCAAUCGCCCCUCCUCGGUCAUCUGCUCCCUCAGUGCCAACCGUGUCUCCUUCACAGCCAUUGAUGUCAUCAUCAGCUAUCCCACCUCCCCCUAAAGAUCUCAUGGAGGCCCUUCAACAGAGAAUGGACAAGUACAAGUCUGCUGCUGCACAGGCCAAGACUGCAGGCAAUGACCGGAAAGCAAGGAUGCAUGAACGCAUAGUCAAGCAAUACCAGGAGGCCAUACGUGCAUAUAAAGGAGGAAGGAACGUUAAUCUGAGUGAACUCCCAGUGCCACCUGGUUUCCCACCGCUUCAGGGAGCAGAGAACGGUGCACAGGAUCAAAGUAUUGUGGGGGUGCUGGAAAGUGCCAUGAAGUUAGCCAAUCAGCAAGUGAAUGAUGAUGAUAAUGAGGAUGAUGAGCCAGUACAGCAGGCACCUGCUCAGAGAGCUGCACCACAAACAUGGCCCAAGACUUCAGCCUCACGAGCUCCACCAGCAGCCCCCGCUAACACUGGGAAUCCAGCAACAAAGCAACUCCCCAGCAAAGCCCAACAGCAGCUGGAAUUCUUGCAGAACAGGAAGAAACAAUUCAUGAAGGCAGCACUCCGUACAAAGCAGAAGAAUGACAUGGAAGGAGCAAAGCUGUAUCUUCGGCAGGCAAAAGGGUUGGAUCCCAUGAUCGAGGCUGCCAAGGGUGGGCUACCUGUAGAUAUUACCAAGGUGCCUGCGCCCCCUGAAAAUGAGGACGACUUUGUACUGGUGCAGACUCGAGGAGUGCACAUGCCUCAGAAAACUGCACAGCAAUACCACCAACUAAUGGAGGUGCUGAAACAGCAAUAUGAGAUGUGUAUGGAGUACUCAAAGCAAUACACACACCUUGGAAGUGUGUCAGAGACCACCAAAUUUGAGAAAAUGGCAGAAGAUUGCAAAAAGAACAUUGAGGUUCUGAAGCAGGCGCAUGCCCAAGGCUAUCCUCUCCCAAAGUAUCAUCAGGAGGAGAGAACCUUUCAAAUAGUAAAGAUUUUUCCCCAGCUCUCAAACAGUGACAUGGUUCUUUACAUUGUCAAAGGAAUUAACCUGCCUGCUCCUUCAGGUGUUGCACCGAAUGAUCUUGAUGCCUUUGUCAAGUUUGAAUUUGCCUUCCCAAACUCAGAGGAGGCACAGAAAGACAAAACCAAUGUGAUUAAGAACACAAACUGUCCAGAAUUUAACGAGCACUUUAAGCUGAACAUCAACCGGGGACAUCGUGCAUUCAAACGAGUGGUACAGACCAAAGGAAUUAAAUUUGAAAUACUCCAUAAAGGGGGUAUUUUCAAGAAUGACAAAGUUGUGGGAACAGCUCAGCUUAAGUUGGAAAAACUGGAGUCACAAUGUGAGAUUCGUGAAAUUCUGGAGGUCUUGGAUGGCAGGAAGACGACAGGAGGUCGGCUGGAGGUGAUUGUCAAAAUCAGAGAGCCCCUGAGCUCCCAGCAACUUGUGAAAGUGACAGAGAAGUGGCUGGUUAUUGACCCCCAGAGCUUGCCAGUGAUUGCAGUUCCAAAGUCAAAAGAGCGACGAGAACCUCUGCAGGUGGGACCUGGGAGUAAACCGACGUUUCCACUGCACAGCUUCAACAUAAUGAAGUUUGAUAAGGAGCGUAUAGAAAGGAAGAUCCACACGUACAAACAGGAACGCAAAGCUCCUCCGAAAGAGCUCCUGGAUCAGCAUCGGGAGCUUGCACAGCGGAUCCAGUGGCAGAAAGCGCAGUUGGAUCGCCGGGAGCCUGCUGUUCUGAAAGAGUAUGUGACACAGUUGGAGAAAUAUGUACACUACUACACAGACACAGCUAAGCGACUGGGCACCGAAGGGAAUCGAGAUUUGGCUAAAGAAGCAUUAUACAAGAGGAAGUUGGUGGAUGACGAGCUGCAAAGAUUCAGACGAUAAGGACUGUAGUGUUUGGAUUGGCGCCUUGUCCUCCCUCACAGUCUGCAGUAAACACUCGUGGCAUCUAACCCGCACCAGAAAAACACUCGAACUUUCAGGACUGUUGGAUGGGGAAAUCCAAUUCACCCCUCUGCAACAGUCCGCCCAAUCCCUGAAACUCCUGUACGGUGGAGUAAGGAACCAGACAACAGAAAGCACUACAGACGACCCCGUCCAUCUGGAAAUCAUAAUAUCUCGAUGCUUCAAGAAUCCCGUGGAACAGGAGCUGUGCAGCAGGCAUGCACCGGAUAAUCUUAGCAGAGGUUGAAAUGUACAACUGAAUCAAGCAAUAUCCUUCUUGCAUUCCUGGGAUUAUAUUUUCCCUCUCCUCUUCCAACCCUGCAGCCCCAAACCUGUAGCUGGGUGUCUGAUCCUACCCCACCAAGUAACCUGAAAUUAUUUCUGAUUGUGAUAUGUUGCUUUUUAUUUAAUAAUUACAGCGCAAAAACAAAUCAUCACCCGUGUCAUCAAACCCCCAUUAGUACUGCCUCUAAUUGUCCAAUAUGAGAGAGAGCAUUGGGUCCGGUCGAAUCCUUGGGAUUCAAUUUUAUUUCACGGGAUUGUGGUUUUAUUUCAAUCUGGUGUUCUGAGAUCUAAUCCUGCAGGUCUAAUUAUGUUUUCUUCCCACUCUCCCUCAAAUAUUGAAAGCAGUGGCCUUAAAUUUUGUGUCCUGGUCGCUGGACGUGAUUUGAAUGAUCUCCCUUAUCCAGCUGUGAAGUUGUUGGCUGGAACUCCUUGUUGGAAAGGUCAGGCACAUGUAACACUGUCCUGUCCCUCCAGACUGGAGUAUAAGGGGGAGGGGGUGGGGUAGAAGAUGUUUGGGGGGGAGGGGGGGUGAAGUUUGUUGGGGGGACAAGUUUUGGGUGGGAGUGGUGAAGAUCCUGCAGACAUCAGGGCUGCAGAAUUGAUGGAACAACAGUAUCUUUUUUCUUUGUUUUAAAAUCUGUGCUUCCAAGGGAGAAUGUCAGGAAAACGUUCCGCCUGAAAUGAGCCUGCCCACCAAUGUGUGGGAAGGCUGGUUGGAAUCACUGGCCCUCACACAAUCUCCACGUGGCACCCCGGGCCCUCGCUGUAUUCCUGAGGGAGCUGGGUGACAGCUUUAAGGCAAAGGACACAACUUUGAAAUUGUUUUGUCAGUGCUGCGCUGUCAUGGGUUAGACAUGUGGGUGGGAAGGUGCAUGGGCAAGAGCAUUCUUCCAUCUGUGUAAUCACUGAAAGGGAACAGUAAUAUCUAUUGCUCUUUUUAUUUUUGUCACUUGUAAUCAGUUACUUUGAAAUCAUGACCGAAUCACUGCCCUAGCAUUAUUGUCCACUUAUGAUUACAUUUAUAACGUAAAUUUGACCGUGGAAGAUUAAAAUUCUGUGAUAAUGAAUUGGAUAGUUAUAGAGCAGGACUGGGAGUUCAGUCAGGACUUGACUCUAUCCAGGGGUUUGGGUGAGGUUGCAUUACAGUUUUAGUUUGAAGUUUUAAAGUUCUGGGAAUCAUUAAUUUAGGGAUAUAUUAUUAAAAGUUGUUACUUUUCCCCCUUGCACUGUUUGUAUACCAGGAAAGGGCUUCUGCUGUUUGGCGCCAAGUGGUUUUGAUGAUUUUCUUAAUUUCUUUGCUCUGCUUUCAAAGCCCUGACCCAGUGGUAUGCAGCUCUAUUGGACUGCCAAUCUCUGCUAUCUUGGCCAGCUAAUUAUUACUUACGGAGACGUGAUGAGAGUGGGGAUGUUUUUCACAUUGGGAGGGAUUCCAGGUAAGUCCUGACCACUAGCAAACCCGCCAUCACCAAUCCUGUUUAUUUUCCACUGUGCAAUGGAGUCGGCUGUGUACAGUCAUCUUGUUUCCCAGCACUUUAUUCAGGAAUCCUGCUGUCCUUUGGCCAAUCCAAAAAUAGUUCAUGGCUUCUUCACUGAAACUUAAACUUAAAAGGAAGGGGAAGGGACAAGAAGUGCGGCACGAUUCAGCCCUAACAAAGGUGGAUUGAGAUCAGGUGAAAGUUUAACUGACCCCUCAUUGCUUUCCAGCUCUUAGAUCCUACAUCCAGGGAGGAAACAAUUCUGUAAACCUUGUGAAAUAUCUCCCACCACUGACCAAGCCCUGAGUCAGCUUUGGGUGUCAACCCCCUUUAGAAAAUGAUCCCAGCUCGGGUUGUUAGCAAAUAUAUCUGUGAAGCCUUAAAGGAGUGCACAUUUAAUAGCACCAGAGUAUUUAUUUAAAAAGCUUUAAUUUCGCAUUGAAAUGCAAAGUGCACAGAUUGCGGUAUGUUAUGUAGUGGACAAUGCCUCUGUCGUGCAAGCACAUGUACGUGUGCCUACGUAGUGUGUAAAUGUAUUUGUGCACAAUUAUUUGCAUUGCACACAUGUAGUGAAUGAACUGCCAUUAAUCGUUCAGAUGUUGCAGAUGAUGAUAAAACACUUCUGCAUGUUUGGGUUUCUGGUUCAGUGCAUUGUUGUACAGGAAGCGAUUCUUGAUGGGUCCCUGGAGAGACUUAAAUUCAUGAAUGCCAUAGUGGAUCUGUGCUCACCCGCUUUAGGUUCUUAAGAUCUUCACGAGUAGGCCUUUCAGCCUAAUCAAGCCUGGUUUACCCUUCCUUAAGACGAUGGCAAAUCUGAUUGUGCUCUCAGUAACGCUAUUUGCUUGUACCCAUAAUGCUUCACUCUCUUUGUCAAUCAAAAAUCUUUUGAGCUCCAUCUUGAAUGUAUCCAAUGACCCACUGCCCUCGCUGGGGACCACAGUUCCGAAGAGUAAAAAAUGAGGUCUGCGGAUGCUGGAGGUCACAGCUGAAAAUGUGUUGCUGGUUAAAGCACAGCAGGUCA